AUGUUCCAAAUCCGUGCCAGUUCUGAGUCGGCUGUUAGUCGCCCGCCGAAACGGUCGGUCCGCGCGAGGAGCACGGUCCGCCGCGCAGCUGAGGCAUUCCACGGGAAGGCCCCGACGCUGGUCCGGGCCGAACCGAACCGAGUCGCCCCGGUCAGUCUCGCCCAGUCCCGGUGCAGUGCCACACCCGCUUCGGACCCCAGCCCGACGGGCCCAGUCCUCAGAGCCAAUCCUUGUCCCGAAGUUACGGAUCGAACUUGCCGACUUCCCUUACCUACAUUGUUCUAUCGACUAGAGGCUGUUCACCUUGGAGACCUGCUGCGGAUAUGGGUACGGACCGGCACGAAAAUCACACUCUCUCCCUCGGAUUUGCAAGGGCCGACAGAGGCGCACCGGACACCGCAAGAGCCGCGGUGCUUUUACGGGAACAGCGUCCCUAUCUCCGGACGAGCCGAUUCCAGGGACACGAACCCUUACAAAGAAAAGACAACUCUUCCCCGGGUCCUCCGUCGACGUCUCCGAGUUCGGUUGCGUUACCGCACUUGA